AUGAUAAGGGAGACCUCAGAAGAAGGAUACAAAGACGGCGUCAAGCAUUUCAAUUUUAAGCGAGAAGAAAGUUUCCCUCAAUAUUUGUUGAAAGAAAAAGAAUAUUAUGAACAUAGAAAGCUUAUGGCAUACUUGAGAUGCUAUGAUUGCGGUGGAGAUGACCCAAUAGAAAAUGCAGACUCCUUUAUGUGUAGAAAAGUACAUGGGACAGUGUUUAAGUUGGCAAAUAGAGGAUGGUCACAUAAAGAUAUACUCAGGGAAUGCAAAAUCAUAUAUGGGAAUGACAUUAUGUUCAGGCACUAUGAGCCUCCUCCGCCUAUUGUGGUAACUUUUAUGUAGACCUGAAAAUUUCUUAUUAUUCUAUGGGAGUUUGACAGAAUGAACGGUGAAUUAUAUGGGUAGUUCUUCUUCAAUGCACUCGUGGUUUUUAGGUUCUGAAGGUAAGGACCUGAAAUUUGUGUCCGAGUAGGUUUUUCUCCCUAGCCAGGAUACCAUGGCAGGGUUUUUUAACCCCACCAUAGGAAGCCAGAGUCCUAGUUGGCAACUUAAUACUUCUGGAUGCAAGAGCCAAUGGGAUUAAAAGGAGGAUUCAGAGUCAUGUCUAUCUCCCAUCCCCGGAUAGAUCUUACCGACCGCUAGGAGCUGUUCACGAAGUGCCUGGGUGCGUCUCCCAAAGAGAUGGCAACGCCACCAUUUUUUGUGAUGUUGACAAAAAAAAGAGCAUAAAUGCAAACCAACGCUUAGAGAAGAGCAGAAGUUGGGCAAAAGCAGAGAGGGCAGAAAUAAACCCCAAAGACCAUUCAAUUUAAUUGAAUCUAUGGGGAUUUUAUAUGAUUCGAGCUAAGUAUUUCAGGGUCAGAUGGGAAAAAUUAGUGAAAUACAAAUCAGACAGGUAUUACUAA